GAUAAUUCUUUCUCACUUUAUUCUACUUACACUGUAUGACAAGUUGAACUUAUUCUAUUGUCGCUAUUUUCCUCUCUUUUCUAAUUUAAACUGUUCUCAAGUUAAAUUAAUCUAACUUAAUUCAAUCAAGUGAAACCUGAUACUAAUUGUUUAAACUAUUAUGGGUAGUGAAUUGGAUGAUUUUGAUGAUUUUAUGGCUAAAGACUAUGUCAACUCAUUAAACAAUAGUUACUUUGGCGGCCCUGGUUUUGCUCUCCCUGACACUCGCGGUGGAUCUAAAGAACCUAUUAAUAUCCUUGUUGAUAAUAUACCAAGCGGUUUAUACCGAGACGGUUUAGUUCGAUUAUUUAAAUUUUCUGGUAUUCCACUAAUAAAUUGUAAACUCCUCAGAACCAACUCGGAGCUCCAAAAAGCUAUUGUUCAAGUGAAGACCAUCACUGAAGCUACUACAGCUAUUCAAGCUUUACAUUUGAAAGAACCGUUGAACCUUAAAAUUACGCUUGCAGCUAACAAAGGCGAAUUCGAACGCAAGAAAGAAGAAAUAUUGCGUGAACAACGUAAACAAUUGGCAAGAUCUUUGACUCGUUUAGUAAAACCGAUGAAUACAAUGGGUGAUCUUGUUAACAAUCUUUCAGCUGUGGAGAAUCUCGUAAAAAUUCUUCCUUCUCCUGAAGCUAACUGUGCUGCUUGUGAAGCUGAACCUCUCGUACGACAUGUUCAUUUUAUUGUUCGCGAUGAGUCAGUUUUGGAUCCUUUCGAAGGAUUACCUAGCAGUGUUCCUGUUAGCUGUUCAUAUUGUCACACCAAUGAAGGAAAAUUUGUUGUCUGUUCUCAGUGCCGUGUUGUUGCUUACUGUGGACUAAGAUGCCAGUCCUUAGCAUGGUCUCACCAUCGCAGUGUUUGCUCUCCUCAUCCCAAACUCACCAAUGGUGCUCCUGAAAAAGCUCCAGAAAAGGCCCCAGAAAAAGCUCCAGAAAAAGCUCCAGCUAAAGCCCCAGAAAAAGCUCCAGUUCAAGUUCCAGUAAAAGCUCCAGAAAAGGUUAAAAUUGAAGAAGUUUCAGAAAAAGUUAAGCCAUCAGAAGCUCCAGUUAAGGUUGUGCAAAAAACCGAGGAAAUUAUAUUGAAUCCCACACCAUUAAAGGUUGCUCAAUCAUCAACACCGACUAUAAAUGAUAAUCCCCAGGCUCGAAUCAAAGUUAACAAUGGCGGAUUUGUUAUUGAGGAGCCCAAUAAAAUAAUUAUGCCAAAACCUAAAAUCUCUUUGAAUAAUGAAGUUACCUACCUCAAAGAAACCGCAUUAAAGAUUGGAGAAACCAUUAAUAUUAUGGUUUCUUAUAUCGAAAAUCCAUCAGAAUUCUAUGUCCAGCGUUUAGAAGAUAUUCUAACAAUCGAGGAAAUUACUGAUGUACUGAACAAAACUUUGGGUGAAUCAGAUGAAUGGCCAGGAGUUGAAAAGAUUAAGCCUGGUCAUUAUUGUGCUGCUUUUAACCGAGGGGAUGACAAUUGGUAUCGAGUCAAAUUUCUAAAAUUUGACGGACCAGACGCUAUUGUCAGUUUUAUUGAUUUUGGUAAUUCGGAUAUGAUUGCAAAAGAAGACUUAAGACCUCUUCCUCCAAAGCUAACCACGAUUCCAACAUUAGCUAUUUGUUGCAGUUUGAAACAUGUUAAACCCCUUUAUGAAAGCGAGUGGGAUAAAGAAGCUUCUCAAUUCCUUGAAAAUAUCUACGAUAGCGAUGAAAUUCUUUACAAACAUUGUAAACCUUUUUCCCAGAUUGAUGGCGUCUAUCAAGUUGAAAUUUUUAAUGAUGAAGGAAAUACACUCAAUGAAUUAUUGGUUCAAAAAGGCCUAGCUAAACAUUAUGAAGAAAUUAGAAAGCCUAUCACUCGUAUUCGACGUAACUUUCCUCAGCGUGAAUCUGACUCAAUGGCACAGAAACCUACUUUUGGCGAUUUCACUGAGCGUGGUGAUCUGCGUGUUAACAAACCAGAAAAUAAAUAUGAAAACGAAAUUACAUCAUAUAUCCCAAAACAUCAGAGGUCUAUUGAUCGAAAUGAAAUUAGAAUAGAAAAUGACCGAAGGAUCAAUGAAUCAAGCUACAUUCCUGAGCCUCGAUGUCCGAAGCCAAGUCAUCCUAUCGAACCCGUAUCACCUCCUAGACCUGCUCCUAAAAAGAUUAUGUCCCCAACAGAGGCCUAUGAACAUAGUCGAAAAGUUUCUCCUGCCAACUAUUACCAUCUUUACAAAAUGACCCCACUUAAAGGGGAUGAAUCUGUUCUUCUUUACAUGGAUUCAGAAGAUUCAAGUAUUGUUUAUGCUUUGGGAGACAAUGAGUCCAUGUUGGCCCUCUACGAAGGACUUUCCGCUAUUAGUGAAUCAAGCCCUAAGGUUAUUCCUAAGCCUGGUCUAUUUGGUGUUGCUAAUGCCGAAGAUGGCGAUUAUUACCGUGUAUUAGUUCUGGAGAUGUUGAAUAAUGGUAAAAAAUGUCGUGUCUAUUAUCCUGAUUUUGGAAAUCAAGACGAAAUCGAUAGCUCGGAAAUUUAUCAACUUCCUAAGGAAAUUAGUAUUGAAAAACUUCCAGCUCAAGCGAUCCGAUGCCGAGUUGACAAUGCGGAUAAGAUUCAAAAUUACUUGCCUACAAUUGAAAGCCUAAUUAAAGAUGGAACUCCUGUACCAGCUAGAGUUACCCGAACAAUUUCUCAACAUGAAUAUGGCAUUGAACUUUUGCUUUAAUCUUAGCAAAAUAAUUUCAUUCUUAGAAGAAUAUUUUCUUUUCCAUUCAAUUUUUUGUUUAAUUACUUUUGAUAGACGUUGGUUCUUUAAAACUUAAUGUACUGAUUUCUUUUUCAACUUUUCCCACUAUUAUAUGAUUUCGAACUAAAAUGAUUUUCACUUAGAUACAAAAAAUAAAUUAGUUGUAUUAACCAAUUUUCAUGUCCAUUCUAAUGGUUGAAUAAUAAAACAACAAUCUG